CCAUUAGUGCUUUUUACAUAAAAAUUAUGCCCUCGAUUGUUACCGGUGAAGUGACGUUCGAUCUGCUGAAAUUCGUCUGGAAGAUCAACAAUUUUCAAAUGACCUGCAAGAAAGUCUCGAUCGCGGAUUACCUUCGUUCUCCGGAGUUGAAGACAAGUGAUGAUACCCCAAUCCACUUAAAGUUAUACCCUAAUGGCAGAAACGAAGCUUCCAAAGACUACUUGUCUCUCUACCUACACAUUCGCGAGUACAUUCGAGCACAGGUUAUUUUUCAAAUCCUCGAUGCAGAGGGCAAAGUCGCGGCGCACCAUACCACCAAUACUAUGCAAACGUUCGCCAGUCAGAGCGAUUUUGGAACCGAAAAAUUGGCCCUACGAGAUUUCGUCAUAGAUCCAGCCAACGGUAUCCUAACGGGUAACAAAAUGCUCAUCACGUGUGCCAUAACCGGGCACAUGGGAGAGAUAGACGUAGUCAAGGACGAAGACAGUCAGCAGCGAUUCAAAGAGAUUAACAAGUACGAGGCUCUUAUCAACGACGUCGAAUUCAGCGACGUAUCGCUUAUCUCGGAAGGAAGAGCCUUGAAGGUGCACAGAUGCAUACUCGCAAAGAGCAGUUCGGUCUUCGCGGACAUGUUCAAAGCCGAGAAAUCUCAGGAGACAAGUGUGGAGAUCGGAGAUAUCAGAUAUGACGUCCUCGUGGAACUGAUUCGUUUUGUUUACAUCGGGAGAGUCAACAAUAUCUACUCACUCGCCAACGAACUCUACGCCGCAGCUGAUACAUACGCACUGCACGGACUGAUGGAUAUGUGCAAGGAGGCGAUGUGCAAAAAUUUCAACGUCGACAGCGUCAUUGAAUGCAUCAAGUUCGCAAACAGACACCGCAUGGAUGAGUUAAAGAAGAGAUCCAUCGAGUUCAUCGUCGCUCACGCAGAUGAAGUGACCAAUAAACCGGACUUCAAGGCUUUGCCAUCUGAGCUUCUGUGCGAAAUAUGUUGCGCCAUGUCGAAGAAGAUUAAGCCAUGAUUAGUGCUGUUGGGUUUGUCUGGUUUUAUUUAGAUGACAAGCAAUGCUGAUCCGCGUAGUAGUUUCCAAGUAAUCUUCACAUCUCGAUCACGCUGUACUGCUGGUUUAAAAGUACUUCAACUGAAAGCAAACUCUCUUCAAUUCUGAAGAACUAGUAAUCGAGAA